AUGGAAGACAAUAAUUACAAAGCCUCCAAAUGUAUACCAAAAGGCACGGUCAUACAAGAAUGGAAGCCGUAUAAGAUAAUUUCUAUUAUUGAAGACAAAAGAGAAGAAGGAUUCGCUGAAUUGCCAGGCUAUGCACAAUGUCCUGUGUUAAAUCACUCAAUUGAAAUACGAAGAACAAGCCAAAACCUCGGAUCCCCAGAGCUCCCAAGAUUUGUGAAUCGACUGUUUCGAGAUGGGUCCUUCGAAGCGCUUUGCGUCCUGGCUCUAUUUGAUGAGUUGCUGUGUGGCAAAAGGAUUCCGAUGUCGGGCGCUCUGGAACGGGAAUCGCAUGAUGGAAAUCGUCAUAUGGAAGAUUCCUCCCUUUUGAUAGAAAGCUGGCCAUUUGUGCAAAAUGAAGUAUCAUGGAUGCAGUUCCUUUCUUUGUACCAUUACAUUGAGUCCAGUAUGCACAUGUUGACUAUUGACCACCCCCUGACCCACUACGCAAAGCAUGUCUUAUUUCAAACGGAACAUUUUGAUGAGGCUGUCAAGAUUUGUCAAAGAAAGAAGUGGAUCCCCAAAGAGAGCGAAAAUAGGCUUCAAGUCUCGCAAUUCCUCUUAGAUUACGUGGCAUCACUACCUCCUCGCAUUGUGGGGGUGUUGAUUGGUAACCCGGCGUCGAACUCGACCUCGGUAACUUUAAAGCAAUGCAGUAUCCCGUCGGCAUACCUCGAAUUGACUGUUGACAAAUUAAGUGAUCAGAUGAAAUGCAAAAUGAUUUCCAUGUACGAUCUUCAACGUGAAGAGCCAAUAACAGUUUCUACCAGGGUAAACGGACUCGAUCCUCUUCAGGAUCAACUUGACGGCAAACUGCAAAUCAAUUCAAUGGAGAAAGCAUUAAUGGCUCAACGGCUAGCCCACAAUCAUUUUCAAAAUGAAAAGUACAGGGAGGCCAUGUCCAUGUAUAAAGAAUGCUACGAAUUUUUCUCCCCAAAAGACGAGACCAGAGCUGCCGAUUUGCUGCAUUCAAUGGCAGCUGUUCGGUUGUCACAGUUGAAGUUCCUGCAGGCACAACGAGAGUGGAAAAAGGGUUCCAAAUACCAACACGUAAAUGCUGGAAUAGCUCUUCAACUAGCGAAGCAGACCGCCUAUGGAUAUUUUGAAAAUUCUCGCGCUGGAUCAAAACAGAUAAAAGUGCUGCAGCACGAAGCUAUCGGAUCGUCUCGCACACUCUUCAUAACACCGCGUACCGUUUCACCGAACAUGUGCAGGAAGUUGAUCGCGUGGGCGAAAGAUCACGCAUCUGAGCAAGGGGGUUGGACUACAAGCCGACAUUACGCAGUCCCAACAAACGACAUUCCUUUGCAUGUCUCGAAGAAUCUCUUGAAUUGGUUUGUCGGCUGGUUUCAAGAAACCGCAAUACCACUUCUUCAAUCACAAUUUCGAACUAAGCAAACUUUCUUUGUCCAUGACGCCUUUUUGGUACGAUAUUCAGCAGGGAGCUCCAGUGAAUAUUUGCCCUUACACUACGACGAGUCUACUCAUAGUCUCGUCUUGGCACUCAACUCCGAAUUCGACGGCGGCGGGACGUACUUCUACAACCUCGACCAUACGGUUGUCCCCGGUUCCGGAAGCCUUGUCAGCUUCAGAGGCAAUAAAUUGCUUCAUGGUGGAAACGUGGUGACAAAGGGAGAAAGAUUCAUAAUUGCAGCCUUUCUUUACGUCGAUGAUGAAACAACAUGUGAGCAAAAGAGAUCUUCGUCGACGUCAGUUCAAAAUACGUCGAAACGAUCAAAACCUGAGGAGGGCUUCUCUUUCGGCUUCUUUUGA